AUGGGCUCGGGUCCGAACACCGGAGGGGGGUGGUUUCUCGAUUACGGCGGGCUGGAGGACGAGGUCCAGGGGGCGAAUUUCAUCUGGCAGACGGACAUCGGGGAUGAUCCCACCCACCCUAGGUAACUUUCCGGUGACUCUUUUGUACGAUUUUCUUUUUUUGCAAGGAUGAUCCCCCUUCACCAGGCUUCCAGGUCUGAUCACUCAGUUUCUUGAAGGAAUCUGAAUCCACGAUAUCUAACGGGGUUCCUCCGUGGCUCUCCAGAUAUUUUUGUCCCAUUUACUAGAAUUAAGAUCAGGUGUCUACGGAGGUCGCAGGUUGAAGAAUGACCCGUCAAUUAUUUUCCUAGCACCCUCAUCUUGCGGCUUCUCCCCGUUGACUUUAUUUUAUUUCUUAAAUUCAUUCUAUCUUCAUGAACUUCUUGCUCCAUCGAAAUAGCAGACGAUUUGGUUGGUUUUCUGUAGCGUCUAAAAAGCGGCUGUUUGAUUCCCUUUCCGUUUUGUGUUUUGCAGUGUGCUCGGGCUGGAUCUUUUGUCCAGAGGAGAGAACAACUUCGAUCAUGCUUCCAAGAAGCGGUACGGAUCAGACGACAAAAUAUUUGCGUACUCUUUCUUGAAAGUUCUCAUUUCGGCGUGAUUAGUGCCAAUCCAUCAUCUCCCUCACCAAGCAGAUGCCCACCCGAAUGCUUCCCCCAUGUCAUCCUCCGCUCGAAUCGUAUAGAUAGAUGACUACUGUUUUCAAUCAAUUCCCCCGACCUUUUUUCUAUUAUUUUUAUAUCAGCGUACUCUCUGUUUCAACCUGGGUUUCCUCUCCGAUGAUCCUUUCAGAAAUCGCGCCGGCUCACCUGCCAAACCAGGAACCAAAGCCUGCCGGGAGAAGAUGCGCAGAGACAAGCUGAACGACAGGUAGAUUUCUACCCGAGGAUAAUCUGUACAUCUUUGAAGCUCCUUAUUGAGAUCUUUCUCUCUGAUGGAUGAUGCCCAAUUUCUCUUAAUGGAGCAGGUUCUUGGAGCUGUUGUCCAUUCUGGAGCCGGGGAGACCUCCGAAGGUCGACAAAGCCGCCAUUUUGAGCGACGCCGCCCGCCGGCUGGCCCAGCUGCGCCUCGAGGCGGAGAAGCUCCGGGAAUCAAACGAGGCUCUUCUGAGCGACAUUAAAGCUCUCAAGGUGAGAGAGAGAGAGGAUGGGUCUCUUCUUCCAGUCAGAUCGGCUUCGGCUGCUUAUAUCCAUGCCGACACGGCCGUCUCUUUGUGGUCCGCAGGCGGAGAAGAUGGAGCUGAGGGACGAGAAGGUGAAGCUCAAGGCCGAGAAGGACCGAAUAGAGCAGAUGCUGAACGACGCCGGCAUGCCGCCGCGCGUUCCACCGUUCGUACCCCACCACACAGGGGCGCCGCCGUCCUUCCCCGCGGCGGCGUUCGUUGCCUGCAACAAGAACGUGCCUUUCGCGAACUAUCCGCCGCCGCACUUGGCCAUGUGGCAGUGGCUGCCCCCGACGGCCGUGGACACCUCCCAAGAUCACGUCCUGAGGCCCCCCGUGGCCUAG